GUAUUUUGUGUGCGAUGGUCUUGAGGUUCCAGGUUCCUCUUUGUCCCUACUGUAUAUCCUUAUAUACUAUGGUUUAGUCCAUGACAUUGUGAAAAAAAGUCCCGCCUAAAAAGAAUUUGUUUAUGCUCGUUUCUUUGUCUCUGAUAAGUACUGUGACGGUGAAAUAAGUUUUAAAAGAUAAAUUUUAUCUUUUAAUUGCUAAGAAAUCACCAUCAAUUGUGAAGUGCUAUUUUGAAUCAGUUUUAAAAUUUCUAAUUCCGAGAAUACUGAGAAAGAGAAAAGAAUUUCUUCUAAUUUCACUAUGGAUAAGAGAAAAUUGACAAAAAGUAACUUGCACAAAGAAGUACAACCGAUUAAUCUUAUUAAUCAAUCGUUAGAGAAAAUAAACUCUGGCAAUAAACAAAUGAGUUUCCACAGCACUAAUAUUAUAACACAGGAAAAGAGUGGUUUAUUUUGUGAAGAAAAAUUGUCAGAUAUCAGAUCGUCAACAUUAAGAUCCUUAAAUAUUUCGAGAGAAAAGAACAAUUUCUCUAUUAAAAGUAAAAAAAAAAGUUUUUGUGAAUCUGAGAAUGAUGUGUCAGAAACGGAUGAUUUAGUUGUUGCCUCUAAAGUAUUGAAAGCUAAGACAUCAAUGUCAAAACAGCUUAAUAGCCAAGCAAAUACAUCUUUUAUGUCAAGUCAUCAAGAGAAUAUACAUUUAUCAAGAAAUAGUGUAUCAACAACAAAUAAGUCCUUGGAUACUGCUAAUUCAUCUGUGGAAAAAUCAGUUGCACAGAAGCAUAAAAUUGCAGAUCUUAAUUUAGAAGAAACUUCAGAUAAUCUUGAUCUUUCAAACAAUGAAUAUAACGUUAUAAAGAUGAAAAGGAGCAAAACUACACUUGAUAGAAAUACAAAGCAUAUUACCCAAGAUAAUAUCAGUUCUUCUAGGAAAAUAUGUUACAAAUCACCUAUUAAAACAGUUAUUAAACCUUAUAGUUCUCAGAAAAAGAAACAAGAUAAACCUAAGGAAUUUCAAUUAUGUGCAGAAUCAGAGAAAACUAAAAUUAAUAAUAAGGAAUUAAAGAAACAUAUAAUUAAUAAUGAAGAACAUCUUUCAGAAAAGCAAAAUUUCUAUGUACCAUCUGUUUUUUCUAAUUUUUUACAGAAAUGUGGUAUUGUACUAUCAACUGAUGGCAUAUAUACACUUAACGUUCCUCCAUCCAUUGUCAAAUGGAAAAUGAAAAAAGUAUUGAAUUUAAAGCAAUAUCAAAAAAAAAAUAUAAUUGAUUCCAUAGAGGAGCAUAUUAGAAAUGAAGAAAAUUUUGAAAAAAUGUUGAAGGAUGUGGAAAUAUCUACUGAUAAUAAUGGUUUUGGUGUUCUAAGCAAAAUGACUUUUGCAAGAAUUCUAUUAGAAGUUACAGAAAUUCAAACAGACGUAUAUAAUAUCUUUAUGUCUAAACUUAAUGAAUCUAUUCUUUCAGCAGACACUUUAGAAGAAGUUCCUUGGGCUGCAUUACUAUUACAUCAAUUUCGCUUUUUGGAUACUAUAACUGAUAUUGAUAUAUUAACUACAAAUAUACAACAGCUAUUAGAAACAUGUCCAUUGUGGUUUCAACAUGAACUCAUCUUAUUUCUGCCUGACGUUUUGUCAGAUACUCAGCAUCAGACUAUCGCUGAAAUUCUAACAAAAAUGUUAGAGGAAAAUUGCGAAUUGACGAAUGUAAUUUUGAAUUGUAUUGCCAGUUUUAAUCUUGGCAAGGAAUACUUGGAAGAAUAUAAAAUUAAAGUAUUACAAUUGUUAAAAACGAAUAUGAAAAUAGAACUUGUACCAAUUGUCAUCAGAUUUCUUCUCAAUGAUUGUGUAUCUUCUGAUAUUGUUAAACAAAUGUUGUUUGUAUUACGUAAUAUAGAAAUGCAACCGCUUGUGGGAGAUAAAGCUGAAAACUGUUAUAAAAAUCAAGUACAGAUAAUUAAAACGUUAAAGAUAUGUAUGUUACUGGCUAAAGAUGUAACAGAUGUCGCAAUAGCAGUGAUAAAAGAUAUUAAUAAAAAUCCAAAACCAUUAGAUUUAAUAAUUUUGAUCGUAAUAUUCUCUGGGACAAUAAGGCAAAAAAAUGCAGAAGCUUUAUUGAAGCAAAAUAUACGUUGUGGUUUUUACAGGAUAAGUUUGCUUUAUACACUUUACAAUGAUUAUAAAGAGGUUGUUCGAGAAUUACAAUCGUCAAUAUUGCAAUUAGCGGGUAAACUGUUGAAGUCUGAAGAACGUGUGUUUAUUAUUUUUGCAAUAGAAUGGUUUCGAUUACAGUUUCUCAGUCAAAAAGAAAUGCCGUUUAAGCAACGUGAGAUUGUAAAAAAUACUAUUCUUCUUAUGGGAAAUAAUGAUCAAACUAUGAAACAUGCACUGAAUGUACUUUGCAAAAUGGCAGAGAAUUCAACAGAAAGAGAUUGUUUAGUAUCACACUGCAAUCAUUUGAGAAUUUUACUAGAAAAAAUAGAUUGCUUUGGAUUAGAAGAAGUUGGCAUUUUAAGUGAUUUAUUGCAUGGAUUAUGUCUAGCUGAUGACUCUACCUCAGAAUCUUUACGGGAUGAUUUAUUUAUAUUGUUACAAAAACAAUUAUCUAGUGCAAAACCCAUUACAAAAUGUAAAGGUGUCAUGGGAGCAGUAAUGGCAAUAAAACAUUUGGCAGAGAAAGCUGAAACAUGUGAUCAAGCUCUCAAAUUAUUCAAUAAGGUAAUGAAGAGCGUAAAAAGUUGUUGUAAAUCGCAGCCUCUGUUUUAUGACCAACUAGCACAAAUAAUUGAACGAACUGAACUCAUUAACAUUGAUUUUGUCCAAAAAAUUAGUAACUGUAUUGAAGAUGAGUUUGUGAAUACGUACAUGACAGAUAAAUUCGAAUCCAGGGAAGAUCUAGUACCCAAAUUUGGUCUAAAUAAUGCAGAAGACGAACCACAAAACUGUGUAUUAAAUUUUGGAAAUAAAAGAAACGGUCCAGUUGCAUCGAUACUAUUUCGACUUCUUAAGACAUGUUGUAUGAGGCUCAGUGAAUAUGAAGAAUUAGAGGCCAUAGAUGCUCUUUUGGGAUGCGGAAUGUUAAUGCCACAAAACUUUGAUAUACCAGAAUCCUCAACAUUAGAUCUUAUUAUAUGUGGUAUUAAUUGGCUUAGAGAAAUAAUCUCGGGCUUUGUUACGCAAACGGAUCCUUUACUGCGAAAACAAGUACUAAAACGUUUAGAUACUUUGAUAUAUUUGCAAAGUGAAUUGAUUAUGCUGUUAACAUUAUGUGACACUAAAUACCAACCACCACCAUGUUACUUCCAUUAUUUUCCGUUGCCGCCGUUUGUAAAAAUUGAAAAAAAAAAUAGUAAAAAGGGAAAGAAAUCUAUGAAGGAAAAUAAAAUGAAUACUUCUGUGACAAUAGAGAAUGAAUCCUGGGAAACAGGUUCUAUAUUAUGCUCUAAAAACCCAGCAUAUUUCAGAAAAUUUGACGCAAAGGUAUGUCAAGAAUUUUAGCAUAUAUACAAGAUAUGUUUCCAUUUUCAAUGAACUUUAUUUGUAUGAAGAUAAUCUUUGUGUGCUCAAUCUCUUUCACAGAUAAUGAUAUUAAGUUAUAUGUGAUUAUUAUUGCGAAUAUGAUAAGUGAUAUAAUAACAGCAUAUAAUUUAAUACCAUUAUCUAUUAUCCUUGGUCAGAUGU